AAGUAAUAUGUCGAGAAAUUCUCUUCUUGCUACCCUUUUUCCUAGCGAGUCAACAGAUGAAUUGGUUUAUAAUCCGCCAAUUCAAGAUUAUUUAACGAAACUAGGCACUUACAAAAUUAAAGAUUUAAAUACUGAACCCGAUAAAUUGAAGCAAGAAGCUUUGGUUUUACAAGAACAAAUUCAGGAGUUAGCAAUUACAAACUACAAAACGUUUAUAGAAACUGCACUGUGUUCCAAAGAUUUAUUUACAAAAUUUAGUGUUAUAGAAGACAAAGUAAACGAUCUUCUUGGAGGUGUUCCGAUAUUCGAGGAAAAAUGCGAAACAUUUGGGGAGGUAUCUAGCAAAAUAAAUGCCCUUCGAAGGAUAGAUUCCAUAACUUUAGCGAAAAGUGCUCAAAUAUUAGAAAUACUAGAAAUACCACAGUUGAUGAAUUCAUUUAUUAGGGAUGGCCUGUAUGAAGAUGCUUUAGAACUGUUCAAUUAUGUAAGGAAGUUAUCCUUUAAGCAUUCUGAUGUUGCAAUAUUCAAGAAUAUUAAUGAUGAUGUGAACAAAGCCUGGAUUCUUAUGCUGCAUCAGUUACUGUCACAACUUAGGCAAGAUAUUUCACUUCCAAAGUGUCUACAAAUUGUUGGACAUUUAAGAAGGAUGGACAUAUUUUCUGAGCCAGAGCUCAGAUUAAAAUUCCUACAAACAAGAACAUAUUGGUUGGAGCAACAGUUGAACUCACUGGGUAAAGAAGACCCCACAGUUCACUUGACGAAAACUAUAGAAGUGACCAGAAUCAAUUUAUUUAACAUUUUGACUCAGUACUCCGCAAUUUUUAACGACGACGAACGUAGCCCGUUAUCUGUAGCAUCUGAUAAAUCAAUAAAUCAGCCUCUUAUAUUCAAAGGUUGGGUUCAGUAUCAGAUCGGGAUAUUUGUAAAAACGUUAGAUAGUUGUUUGGAUAACGUAACGUCAUUUGAGAUGAUUUUGGAUCAGUGCAUGUAUUUUGGACAUUCUUUUAGUAAAGUGGGAUGUGACUUUAGGCAUCUUCUUAUCCCGAUAUUCACAAAACACAUCCAAAAACGAUUCGUUAGCAAUGUGGCGAAGGCAGAUAGAAGUUUUAUGAAGAAUAUCGAGAAAUUUACUCUAAUUGAUAAAAAUAAUCCAUCCAAGUCGUGGAAGCUCAACAAAGAAGAUACAGUUAGACCACCAGAAAGUUUACUGGAAUUCUACCCGUUGGCUGAAUAUCUUAAUAACAUUCUGACAGCUUUGAAUCAGCUACGACUAUGUCCCCCGAUAGCCCUUAUAGACGAAGUCGUAGAUACUCUCCAAGCAUCCAUGCUUCUCAUAGCUAAAUGUUUACAGAAACUGUACAGUCAAGAACAGCAAGCUUUCUCUGUAAACUCCAAAGACGCUUUUACUAGGUUAUGUAUGUGUUUUUCAGACGAUCUCGUUCCGUUUGUUCAAAAAUGUAUACAUAUUAUAUAUCCUCCGAGUCAUAUCGCUUCCAAACUUGGUAUUAGUUUAAAAAAUCUGCAAGAAAGCGGUACAACGUUCUUAGAUAAGCAAGAAAUAAUUUCCCCCAUUAGUCAUUUGUUACCAGUUAAGAUAGAACCGGUGGUGCCGGUUGUCGAAACUGAGGUACCAGCUGUAAUAGAACCCGAGGUGAUCGUCGUUUCAGAUGAAGUAGAAAGUAAGGUAGAUAUAAGUGAAGAAUAAAUAAAUAUUUAUAUGAU